GACUCACUCACUCAUUUGCUUAGUUAAGAUUUGAUUGUCGAGUUUAACUGUCGACAAACAAGACACGACAACACGAAUGGCACGUUAUACACAAUUUGCUGCCUCUACAAUAACAACAAGCAACGUGAGUAUUUGUAUAGCAUGUUCGCUUGUGUGACAGCGGAGAGAGAGCGCGGUUGGAGCACAUAAGAAACCAAUUGAAAUGCAGCCAAUACACACACACAGUUAUAAAUAGCGGCUCACACCACCACCAUCACUAGCAUCAACAACAACAACACAUGGCAGCUAACAGCUCUUCAUUGCAUACACAUGCAACAGCACUAAAGAUGGGAAAAAACCAAUAACAGCAACAUGCAAGCAGUUGUUAGCUACACACGCAAGCCAGCAAGCAGAGGGAGAGUCGGCAAAAAACUCGAAAAUCAACUUGUCUAGUUAGCAAACUUCAAUCUAGUUUCGAACAGUUGACUGCGAAGCGUCGAGUGAAUAGGUUGUUGGUCCGUUUGGUGAAUCGUGCGCUAUAUUGGCCCGUACAAGAGUCACACAAUCAGUGAGACGUAUAUUAAAAUUAAAUAUUAACAAGAAGACUUGUAGAACACAAACAACAAAAAAAAAACGGGAGUAUAACAACAACAAAAACACAUUGAAAAUAUAGUGAAUGGUGCUAAGUUUAGACAGUUUUAAAUAUAUAUAGUGAAACAUUUUAUAUGUGUGUGCUUGUGAGUGCAGUGCAAUAUUUGUGUCGUGUUGUGCGCAAAAGUGGCAACAAUAAAUAAAUGAAGCGGCUAAUCACAGAGAGUAACUCAAGGCGAAGCAUUUGUUAGCGGCUACGUGCGACUAACCGAUUUGUGAUUUGAUUGAUUUCGAUUUUGUGUCGACUGUCGGCUGAACGCUGUCAGUGUGCAACAAACUGCAAACGUGUUUAGAUGUCGGGGAAUUAAGUAGCUGCUUAGUGGCAACAUUGAAAAAAAAAAUUAAAUUUUAAUAAAAAAUUAAACAAUAAAUAAACAUAAAUUAAGUGAUUGAAAGUACAUUUAAAUUACAACAACUAGCAACAAUAAGUGUUAGAAAAAUUUAGAAAAAAUAUUAAACUUAAACUCAAAGAUUUCUCUCGUGUGAAAAUCCACGAAAUAAAUAAAAAACAAUUUCCAGCCGCCGCUUUACACAUCAAAUAAACGGCGCUAAUACGCUUUUUAGUUAACUUGUACGCUUAACAGAACAUGCUUUGUCCGCUCACCAUGCGUCCCGCUAGCCCUGCUGAAUCAGAAAUCUCCGUCGGUGGCGCACCCAGCCCAUUGCCACACCACAAUCAACAUCAACAUCAGCACCAGCAUCCAACGUUGGCGCAUCCGUCGCAACAUCGCAACACCCUCGAUUUACUGCAACAUCAACAUAUUUUAAUGCAACAACAUGCGGCCGCAGCUGCCGCCGCCGCUGCUGCUGGACUGACACGUGCCGGCGCGGCUGAAGAGUAUUUCCAACCGUUGAAACGCUUGCGUAUGUCCAGUGAAAUGGAGGAGCCCGCCGUGGGCAAUCGUACACCCAGUCCGGUACAAACGCACGGCCACACAUUACCAACAACACCCACGUCUACUGCAACAACUGCCAGCUCGAAUGCCACCAGCACUGCCGUUAAGUCCAAUAUUGAAGGUGUGAAGAGCUUUUCUAUUGCCGACAUUUUGGGACAUGAGAAGCGCGCCACAUCCACCUCCCCCACGCCGCCAACGCAGCAGCAACAACAUUCCGCUGGUACGCCCACACGUCCGCUGCUGAACGCCAGCAGUCUGCUGCAACCACGUGCUGAACCGCUGGAUAUGGUGAGUGCCGCCGCGGCGGCUGCCGCUGGCAUGCCACAUCCAAUGUUGAUGCCUGGAGCACAAAUAGUGCGUCCUUGGGAUCAUUUGUUGGGUCCAAUGCCGGUGCGUCCCUUUAUACCCUCAGCGUUGUUGCAUUACGAACAGCGUUUGGCGUUGGACUAUCAUCGUCAGCUGCAGGAGCAUUUCAAUGCCCAGGCACAGUUGUUGCGUCACAUGGGCAUGGAUAUGAUACCGUCCGAAAGUGGGUCGGAGCGUUCGAGUUCGGCGGCUAGCGACUGCUGCUCCCCCGAAAUUGCGCGCUCAUCCGGUGAACCAUCGGCGUCGGCGGGCGCACAAUCUAUGGUUAUGGGUGGCGGUGAACGUGAGCGUGAUCGCGAUCGUGAACGCAUUUCGCACACUUCAACUUCAUCGAAUGGCGGUAAUAAUAUGAGCGGCGCUGGUAAUGGUGGUUCCAGCGGCGAUAAUGCGGCGACCAAUGGUUCGAAUUCGAAAUCCAAACCGAAUGGCACACCGUUGGAUGCGCUCUUCCAGAUGACCACCAAGGACUUCGAUGAAUCACAAGAUAAAUCACAUUUGGACAUAUUCUCGAAUCGCCCACAACCGAAGAAGAAGCGCAAGUCGCGCACCGCCUUCACCAAUCAUCAAAUAUUCGAAUUGGAGAAACGGUUCCUGUAUCAAAAGUACCUGUCGCCCGCCGAUCGUGAUGAAAUCGCCGCCGCGUUAGGACUCUCCAACGCGCAAGUGAUCACUUGGUUCCAGAAUCGACGCGCUAAACAAAAGCGUGAUAUUGAAGAGUUGAAGAAGGAUUUCGAUAGCGUGAAAGUAUUCUCGGCGCACAAAUCCUUUCUGGAGAACGUCAACGAUCUCAGCAUAUUGAAGAAGAAACCCAUGCAUGAGGCGGACGCCAUGGUGGGACUGGCCGCAGCGGCCGCAGCCGGUAUGGUGCCGGUUUCCUCAGCCGCUGCGGCUGCCGCUGCCGCGCAAGCAGCGCUAAAUUCACAAAAAUGAAUUAAUCGGCGCAUUGUCGGCGCCAUAAAUACAUUUUUUAUACAAACUACAAGCGAGAGAGGAUGAGAACAGCAAAGAAAUCAAAUCAAAAUGGAGAAACGUCAAAUUUUGUGUGGAUGCUACUGAGUGGAGGGAAGAGAGGAGUGAUGCGUGGAGCAGCAUGCAUUGAUGGCGUGGUGAAAUUAUUGGAAUAAUUUCUUCUAACUAAUAGACGCCGCUGAGCCACUGUACUCCAGCUGGCGGACCUCAGUUGGAUGCGCACCGUUUGGGAGUGUAAAACCACCGUCCUACCAACAGCAACACCGAUAAGCUGCGCUAUUGUAGGAAGCCAAAACUUCAUCAUUCCUUGCUUUUUGCUCACCACAUGGCAGCGUUUAAACCACACAACUUUACGAUUUCUACAUAGAAAAUGUUCAACAUUGCGCCUUAAAAGCACGAAAGUUCUCUAAAGCGUAUCUUUCAUGACUCACGGUCGAAAAAGCUGGUUGAUCAGGCCGUUAUAUGAUAUAUACAUAUACUAUAUACAUCGAGAGCCGUCAAGGGCUCUAUGUAGAGCCUGGCUUGAAUGUUGCCAACAAGCUGAAGUGACAUAAUUGAAACAAAAAAUCUCAAACGCAAUUUUAAUUAGAUAAAGAGCUUUUAAGUAAAACAAUUUUAUGGCAAAUUAAGUAUGGAGACAAAAGAGAGUAUUAUGGAAAAGAAAGUUUUUAAUAAAAUUGAGAUUUUGAAAAACACUGAAAAUUGGA